UCCUGCCUCCUCUCCCCGCCCCCCGCUUCUCCAGCUGGGGCGGUCGGUCGGUCGGCGCGCCUCCGUUCACGCGGCUGCUGCGAUGAUGUUGUUGGUUUCUUCCUCCGCGCUGCCCUCCUGCUGGCAGAGCCCAUCUCGCCGCCGCUGACGGGGGAAGCAGGCUCGGGAGCCGCCGCCGCCGCCGCCGCCGCCUGAUGGCGAGACCCUUGGCCGCAUCCUCGCCGUGCAUCCCAGACAGGCUCAUGGUGGCAAUCCGGUCUCUGCUGUUCUGGGCUCUGGUGUACAGUUACUGCGGUCUCUGCGCCUUCGUCGAGCUGCUGAAACUUUUGUGGAGCCUCGGGACGAGGCCGGGCAAGACCUUCCAGUGGCUGAUUCGGGAGAACCCGCCGGGCUGCCUCAAUGACCCCUCCUUGGGGACUCACUGCUAUGUCAGAAUCAAGGAAUCUGGAUUAAGAUUUCACUAUGUGGCUGCUGGUGAGAGGGGGAAACCACUAAUGCUGCUACUCCAUGGCUUUCCAGAGUGCUG